CUCGUUUCCCAUCUCUUCUCACAUCUCAUCUCCUGGAGAGAGACAGAGAGAGGAGGAGGUUGGAACGUCGUCGUUUCGAAAACAUGGACUCCCAUCUCCAUUCCCUCCUCUCCAUUAUCCCUCUGUUACUCUUCCUUAUCUCUCUUGCUUCCGCCAAAUCAAUCAUCCAAAUGCCAACCUCUUCGGAUGAUUCCUUGUGCUGCGAUAGCUGGAGGCUCUCCGCCGAGACCAAUAACGCCGGCUACUGGACCAAUAUUCCCUCCCGAUGCAUUCAGUUCGUGCAGGAUUACAUGACCGGCGCCCGUUACCUUUCUGACUUCCACGUUGUUUCGGAAUUUUCGCUAGAUUUCGCCAGGUCCGUCGAGAUCGGCACCGACGGGAAGGACGCUUGGAUCUUCGACAUUGACGAGACUCUCCUCUCCAAUUUACCCUACUAUGAGCUCCAUGGAUUCGGAUCAGAAACUUUCAAUGAGACAUCCUUUUAUGAGUGGGUAGAUUUAGCAGAGGCCCCUGCUUUGCAACAUAGUUUGGAGCUGUACAAGGAGCUCAAGCAGAUGGGGUUUAAGAUAAUUUUGCUAACUGGGCGAACUGAAUACCAUAGGAAUGCAACAGCUAAGAAUCUUGUGUAUGCUGGCUUCAAUGAUUGGGAAAGGUUAAUCUUGAGGGGACUGACUGAUGAAGGCAAAGAAGCCACCGUGUUCAAAUCCGAAAGGAGAUUAGAUUUGAUCAAUGAAAGUUAUAGGAUUCAUGGGAACUCUGGAGAUCAGUGGAGCGACUUGUUGGGAUAUGCAGUCGCCUCACGGUCGUUUAAGUUGCCCAAUCCAAUGUACUAUGUAUUAUGAAAGCUAACUGAAGAACAUCUGGAUCAAGUGUGGCAUGAUGUAAUUCAUUAUCUUCAUUUUUUUGUUGAGCAACUCUGUCUUAUUAUUCUGAUGAAUGGAAAUUAUUGUUAGAGGUGUAAAUUAUUAAACUAGUUGUUAAUUAGAUUAUCUUUAUCAUUAA